AAGUGAGGGCAGAGGACGCUCGCCUGCCCGGAGCCGAGAUGGCGGUGUGCAUUGCGGUGAUCGCCAAGGAGAACUACCCGCUCUACAUCAAGAGCCUCCCCACCGAGAACGCGCUGAAGUUCCACUACACGGUGCACACCUCGCUGGACGUGGUGGACGAGAAGGUCUCGGCUCUGGGGAAGGCGCUGGUGGACCAGCGGGAGCUCUACCUCGGCCUCCUCUACCCCACCGAGGACUACAAGGUCAGCUAUGGCUAUGUGACCAAUUCCAAAGUCAAGUUUGUGAUGGUGGUGGAUUCUUCCAACACAGCACUCCGAGACAAUGAAAUCCGCAGUAUGUUCAGGAAAUUGCAUAAUUCUUAUACAGAUGUCAUGUGUAACCCCUUUUACAAUCCUGGAGACCAAAUCCAAUCCAGGGCCUUUGAUAACACGGUGAUGUCCAUGAUGGUUCAAGUUUGCUGAAAGUCCUGCCUCUUCUACCGGUUCCUUCGGCUGAAAAAACCUACACCCUGCACUGUUUGAUGUUCUUCUGUCCUUAAAAUAAACUCCUUUACUCAA